AUGAAUGAAAUUAAAGGUAGGACUUCAGCCUUAUUUGUUGCUAUUAGAUCCAAUUUUACCAUUAAUAAUCUUGAUAUCAUGAGUAGGUACAUUUUAUGCAAUAAUUAUUUUUUAGAUGAACAUGAAGUUGAAAAUGAGAAUGAUUAAUUUUUAUAUGCCUGGGAUAUACAAUAUGGAGCAAUAAUUUUUAAUAGUGAUGAACCUUUGAAUUUCUAUCUAUUGAACACUUAAAUGAGAACUGAAUAUUUGAGUUUUGGAAUUUAAAUAAUAAAUGACUGCAGUCUGAAAUCAAAUUAUGCUAACUAUGGAGAGGUAAUCAUGUAAAAUUCAUCUUUAUCUGGAGGAAAAAUAUUCGAAUAAAAGAGGCCAUAUAUUACUUUCUUCACUAAUAAUAACUUGACUGUUGAUAACUGCACCUUUAAUGCAUUUUCUAGAAAUUCAGAUGCUAAUUAGAUCCUUUAUCAAUAGCACUCAGUCGAUUCUUGCAAAGUUCCUGUAAACGAUGGGAGGACAAAGUAUUAGUAAUUCACAAAUAUCCUUAUUAAGCAAGAAACAUCAGAAAGAAGCAUAUAAAAUUAGUUUUUCAUCCAGUAUAUGAAAGGAGGAGAUAGACUUAGAAAUUUUGUUUACCUUACAGAAAAUAUCACGAUCGAGAAUGUCUUUACAACCAAUUCUGUACUCUAUAUAGGAACCCUCUUACCAAAUAUCACUGUUUCGAAUGUAUUUAUUAGAAAUUCAACACUAAGAAUGAAAGCAGGAUCAUUCCUGAACAUUACUGUUCCAACAAAGAUAGUUUUGAAUAACUCACUGAGUUUAGUUGAUGAAAAGAUUGAUUCUUAGCUGAUUAUCAAAGUCUCUGGAACACCUAAUCAAGCCAUUCAAGAAUACUAGAAUUUACUUUUUGAAAAUAAUAAGUUAUUCGCCAAUGUAGCUAUUAACUCAGAUAGAGACAGCAAAAUAAUCAUUAGAAAUUCUACAUUUAAAAAUGAAUGUAACUAUUUUAUUUUAUCUUGA